AUGAUAAGAAACUAUAUCCUCCGAACAUUCAAUUCAUUUCCAGGGACUGGCUUAGCCACGAGCCUCAGCUCCCAUGCUCUGGGAGAAUGCAGUCCUCCCAUAUCUCCGAUAACGAUGUCCCACACGACUCCCAGCAUUUACCCCGGCAUGAACACCUCGGUAGGACACAACUCGUACCACGGCCUGCAGAGUGGUACCACCAAUCUGACAGGCACUUACCUACCAUCCAAUCCUGUCAGCAUCGGUGGCUACAACCCUACUUCCAAUCAGUACUAUAGCUUGGGACACCAGUAUUCGAACAAGAACAUGAUGGGUACUACUAUGAACAGCUUGACGCACCAUCCCGUUGGCAUAGGCACUUCGCUGGGGCAGACCAGUGUUCUAGGUACUUCCCUACCGUCGAACCUCCCAACUAUCGGUACCAGCGGUAUGAGCACCCUCCCCUCCGCAAUAGGCACCUCCAUGGGCCCCACCAGCUACACGCAAACCGCCCUGCCCCCCUCCACCUACUCCAACCCCCUGUCCUACAACAACCCCUCCUACAGCAACCCCAACAACCCCUCCUACGGCAACCCGGUCGGGGGCGGACUUGCGCAGUUCGGGCUGCCCUACGGCCAAGUGGGCGGCAACGCGGUCACCUCCAGCUACGCCAACAACAACGUGACCUUCUCGAAUCCGCUGAGUUCGAACUUCAACAGUCUGCCCCUGGGCGGGGGGGCGAUGAAUGCGGACUGGGGCGGCGUUCAUGGCGCCGACAGGAACUACUUGAACGGGCACAACCAGAUGAACUCUGACGGACAGGUGGACAUGCUGGAUAUUCCAGGGAAGGGCAGGUGUUCAGUUUAUAUUGCCAGAUUUUCCUAUGAACCAGAACCCGAUUCUGAGGAGGAACUGACCAUUCAAGCGGGAGAUUAUCUACUUGUUUGGGGAGAACCAGUAGGCCCCGGAGGAUAUUUGGAUGCUGAGUUAUUGGACGGAAGGAGAGGGCUAGUACCAUCUCACUUCGUCCAGCGUCUCAUUGGCGAUGACCUCUUGGAGUUCCACCAGGCAGUCCUGAGCACUUUGAGGGAGGAAGAGAUCAACCAAGAAAACUUUGCUGCAGACGUUCAGAGACUGAACGAACUGGCAGAAAUGGCGGAAGCUCAUGAGGAUGAUGGUCCAGAAGGUGAGACAGCUGACCUUUUAUUCUCGGUGUUAGUGCCGGCCCCCAGGCAACUCACCUUGGAGAGACAGCUCAACAAGAGCGUGCUCAUAUCCUGGACGGCUCCAGACGGGAUAGGACCUGGAAACCAGAUCGAGAGCUAUCACGUCUACGUCGAUGGGCCCCAUCGUAUCAGCGUGAGAUCGGUAACAGCGAACCGCAGAACUUCCAGAGAUGCAGCAUGUACUAUGAUCAUCGGCCGAGAUACUCAUUCGUUAGGCCCCAGCGCAGUGAGAGCUUCUAACAUAACUUCCACGUCAUCUGUCAUCAGCUGGUUACCAGCCAACUCUAAUCACCAGCACGUCGUGUGUGUUAACAAUGUCGAGGUGAGAACAGUCAAGCCUGGCGUAUAUCGUCACACCAUCACUGGCCUGGCGCCCAACACCCAGUACAGGGUCACCGUCAGAGCGAAACACCAUCGAGUGGCUCAAAAUGUAGCCAACCUGGCAGAAGACCUACCAAUGCCUGCUGCUGCGCACACUGAUUUCAGGACCUUACCGAAGGGUCUGCCGGAUCCACCAAGUGAUAUUAUGGUGGAACCAGGUCCACAAGAUGGCACACUUCUAGUGACAUGGCACCCUAUUCUCACACCUCACCACCCAGGCUCAACGAUCACAGGCUACGCUGUAUACGCCGAUGGCAAGAAAGUCACCGAUGUGGACAGUCCGACCGGCGAUCAUGCUCUGAUCGAUAUCAGCAAGCUGCUGGGCUUGAACCCGAAACACGUGACUGUUCGUACGAAGGCUAGGGACAGCCAAUCGGCAGACAGCGUUCCCACCGCUAUUCCACUGAGCGUUUUGAGAGGUGGGGGAAACGUCAGGUCUAGGCAGCAGCCGCAUUCUGCGGUGAUGCCGGCGCAUAUUCGUCAACAGAUGCCCAGACAGCAGCAACAGCAACAAGGGCAACAGGUUAUUGAACCGGACGAAAAUCUCAGUGAUAAGGAAAUCUUCCCGAAUUCAAAUCCACAUCGUCAGCAGGGAGGGAUUCCGUCAAUCGAAAUUACGAAAGAAAAUUACGAGAGUAACUUGUCUGAAGACGAAAUGUUGGAAAGACGAAACCAAAGACAAUAUCAACAGCGUUCGCAGCAAAGGCAGGUGCAGCACCAAAGGCCGGAGCAGCAACAGCAACAACAGCAACCGCAGCAGCCGCAACAACCCCAAUCUCAACAACAGUAUUACCAACAACAGCAAGCCAUCUCCAGAGACCCAACCUCGCGCCAGAUGCCCCAGCAGAUGCGCGACCAGCAGGCCCAAGGCGGUCGAGGCGGCAACACCGCCAACGCGCCCACCAACCCGAACAAUCCGCCCAUGUCGCAGAAGCGCGCCCGCUGGUUCGUGGCCCUCUUUGAUUACGAUCCGGCAACGAUGUCGCCCAAUCCGGACGCUUGCGACGAGGAGCUGCCCUUUUCGGAGGGCGACACCGUCAAGAACAUAUAUUUUCUACGAUUUUUUUGUAUUCAUAUAGGUAGGAGAGGUUAUGUGCCGCACAACAUGGUCAUGGAAUUAGAAGGAAAUCAGAACAGGGACAGGUGGGGAGAUAUAUGUGCCAAUCUACCCGUGAAACGUAUGGUGGCUCUAUAUGACUAUGAUCCACAGGAACUUAGUCCUAAUGUUGACGCCGAGCUGAGCUUCGCCACCGGCCAGAUCAUCAGCGUGUACGGCGACAUGGACGACGACGGCUUCUACAUGGGCGAGAUAGAUGGCGUGCGCGGAUUGGUGCCCUCCAACUUCCUUGCCGAGGCGCCUGAGCAGUACGGCGGUCAGGCGGGGCAGCCGCAGCAGUACGGCGGGCAGGCGGGGCAGCCUCAGCAGUACGGCGGGCAGGCGGGACAGCGGGGAGGGCAGAGAGGGGGUAGAGGAGCGGGGCCUGGAGCUAGGGGGCCUCCCCCGCCGCCCAGGGAGAGCCAGAUCCGCGGGAGGAACAAAGAUGCCUGCCUACCUGUGUAUACCUCUCAGUUAGACUCGCUCAACACGUCUACGACACCGAACACUAUCACCGAGCACCAGCAGGGGAGGGGGAGAGGCACGCUGAGGCCCGCUGGUAAUCAGCAACAGCAGCAGUCGCAGCAACACCACCCGCAGCUCCAGCAGCAGCAGUCGUUCAACCAAUCGAUGAGCCAGCAGCCCCAUACGACUUCCUCGGUGGGUGGCCUCUUCGGCAGCCUAACCGGGCAGUCGCAGCAGCCGCAGCAGCAGCAGCAGCAGCAAGGCUUCCCGAGCAACCAGAACCACUCUUUCCAGAACCAGAGCCGGAUACAGCACAAAGGGGUGCCGCAGGUGAUACCAAACGUGAUGUCAUCUGGCGGCCAGAUGCCGAACAACCAGCAGCAGAUGAACAACGCCGCAGCGCCUAACCUGAUGCAGAAGUUCAAUGAGAUGACUGCGCCUGGGGGGGAUAUAUUGUCCAAAGGCAAAGAACUCAUAUUUAUGAAAUUCGGAUUGGGAGGGAAAUAACCUCUUUCGAUUUGUUAUUGUUGAAUUUUGGGGACUCUGAUGUUUUUGAGAACCGUUGCGCGGUUUGCUGCCAUCGAGUGAUGGACUUGGGUGGACAUUCUUUCUGCGGCAUUGUAUCGCAGAUAUUUCACCGUUCAAGACAAUAUUUUUGUGAGUAGGGUCUGUCUGUCCCAUAUAAAGUAUGCGGACAAAACUUGUAAGUAAUCAUGUGGUCAAUGGCCAAGUAGUGUGGAUACACACAUACAUACACACCGUUAUCAAAAAAGUGCUAUCUUGAAACAUUCUAUCACAGGGUGAAAAUCUGCGACAAGCACCUAUGGCUAUGAUAGACAGAAAUACGGUAUGUCAGUUUCUUGGCCUACUUGGUGCAUGACGUCAUUCUGAUACAUUUGUUGAAUUAACAGAUAGUGUUCAAAUUUGAAAGCUGAUGCGGUUCCAAAUAUUAACGAUGUAAAGAAUCUGAAUGUCUCGUAUGUGUUGGAUGAAGGGAUCAAAUCCAUAUAGUUUAUUUUUAUAAAGAAUUUUUGAGCAUACCGUCACCAGAACAGUUGUAUACUUAACGUUCACCCUGUUCGAGUAAUCGUUAGGAAGAUGUCAAAUUAAAUUGGAGAUUAUCUAUAAUUUUCAUGCCCCAUGCUAGACUAUUUAUUCUACAUAUCCAUGAUCUACAACAAGUCACUGGUUCAUCAAUAGGCAACCAUUUACUCUACUAGGAAUCAUGGAUCCGACCAGAGCUUAACAUGCCUGGUCUUCUGUCUUCUAGUAGUUAGGUGGUGGUUGAAUAUAAGUUCAAUAAAAACACAUUGAUUUUAAUUGUGAGUAUACUCUUAUGUACGAAAAAUAAAUAGAACAACAAAAUCCUCAGCGAGUGAACCAAUAAAAUGAUGUUUGAAUUUUCAAAAUAUAUCUUCAUCAGCCAAAUGAAAUUAACAGAAUCAUCUACACAGAACAAGGAGUUACAUAUGGCGAUCUGGUCGUUUGACUUAUUGGCUAUCAUCAAAUUUCUUCAUUGAUUUAUAAUCAUCCAUCCAUCCAACAUGAUCUAAGAGACCAAAAUUAUGUUGCCUCGAAUAAAUAAGGAUAUCGAUAGACGGGAUAGCAUGAUAUCGAUAUAGUAUUUUUUCAGAAUUCUAUCAAUAUGCCCUGUGUUAUCUGACGAAUCAAUAAACAGGUAUUAUUCGAUGUAGCCGCUACUUUAUUUGAAAUUUCAUCCAGCACAAACAUAUUGUAGCUAUGGGCCCAAUUAUUACAUCAUUGUGUCUGUCAUAGUCUCCAAACCAUAGACUCAAUCAUAAUCCACAUAUUUGGUAUUUUAUGCUUCAUAGUCUGAAAAGGAAUAUUCUCAGAUAUAUUUAUGAACAC